AUGUAUAGUGCCCUGGCUGCCCGGCGACUGAUAUCCCAGAAUGGCAAAGACGAAGACAUUGAAACCGUCGUGAUCGCACCCGAGCCAACACUUGCGGUUCGGCGCCGAUUUUACGAAGCGAAUCCAGCCACCAUGCAGACGCCUCUUGGGGAUCUCUUCACAGCGACCGGGGUGAAAUUUGUUCAGGGUGUCGCAAAGACCAUCGACACCAAGAUGAGACAGGUUGGGGUAGUAAACACUGGAGGAGAAGCAGCCGUAGAACACACCUUCAAUGUUGACCGUCUACACUCGGCAAUAGAACUGGACGAACACCUUCACAGUCUACCACGGGUUCCAGAUUGCCCUGUUUGCAACACUGUGAUUGUCUGCGGUGGCGGUUUCACUGGCAUCGAGUUGGCAGCAGAACUUCCCGCUCGACUUCGUUCCAUAUUGGGGCAGGACGCGGAAACCAAAGUGAUGGUCGUGGAACGAAACCCAAAUAUUGAACCAGGCCUAGGCCCGAGCCCACGACCCGAGAUUCAGAAAGCAAAGGACGAAUAUGGCGUGGAAUCAAAACUCGGUGUUGCUGUGGUGUCUGUGGAUGCUGGCGGUGUCGUAACAUCGACGGGCGAGAUCAUCAAGGCCAGUACUAUGGUCUGGACUGGUGGUAUGGUGGCAACCGACUUGACAGAACAAAUUCCGGGAGACAAAGACGCACUAGGACGCGUCGUGGUCAAUAAGAACCUUCGCGUCGCGUAA